AUGGCCUCUCAGCAAAACCAGCCACCGCAACGGCCGGACGAGGACGAAGAGGUCCACAUGCUGGACCCGGAGGAGGCGGAGGAAGUCGUCGCGGACGACCCCGACGCGCUCAUGGAGUCGGACGACGAGGGCGAGAGCGGCGCGCCCCUGCAGGAGAUCCAAAUGGAGAACGACAGCGUCGCCUACUUUGACACGCACAAGGACAGCAUAUUCACCAUCGCCCAGCACCCCAAGAACGCGCACAUUGUGGCCACCGGCGGCGGAGACGACGUGGGAUACAUAUUCGAGGUGGCAGUCAAGGAGGAAAAGCGCCCGCCGCUGCCCGCCAGCUGGUCCGGAUCGCAAGACGGCGGCAUGCCGCAGGAGCGCGAGGGCCUGAAGCAGCUGUUCAAGCUGUCGGGGCACACGGACUCGGUCGCGGCCAUCGCCUUCACGCAGCCCGCCGGCGAGUACAUCGUGUCGGGCGGCAUGGACGGCAAGCUGCAGGCGUGGCAGGACACGUCGAGCGGGGCGUGCAUGGCGUGGAAGUUCGCGGGCGAGGCGCAGGAGGUGGAGGAGAUAGCGUGGAUAGCGCCGUGCCCGCACGCCGAGUACCCCAACACCAUCGCGCUCGGCGCAUCGGACGGCUCCGUCUGGGUCUACGCCGUCAACGCGGCGGACAAGGCGUCGCCGCUCACCAUCGUCCAGGCCUUCUACCUGCACACCGGGCCCUGCACCGCCGGCGCGUGGACCCCGGACGGCAGGCUGCUCGCCACCGUCUCCGAGGACGAGUCGUUCUACGUCUGGGACGUCUUCGGCGAGGCCGCCGCCGCGGGCAUCACGAACCCCUCGGCCGGCCAGGCCGUCGUGGGCCUCACCGGCGAGGACGAGCGCUUCCGGGUCGAGGGCGGUCUCUACAGCGUCGCCAUCGCACCCAACGGCGCCUUCGCCGCCGUCGGCGGCGCCGAGGGCCACAUGCGCAUCGUCGGCCUCCCGCGCAUCGGCGCCGACGCCUCGUCAGUGACGAGCGGGGCGCGCGGCGCGGGGGCGCGCGGCAAGGCGGCGGGCGGGAAGCAGGCGGGCGGCCCCAAGGGCGGAGCGGGGGCGGCGACGGGCCAGGCGGGCGCCAUCCUCGCGAGCCUCCAGACGCAGCAGGACAGCGUGGAGACGAUUUCGUUCUCGGCGCCGCCGCUGACGCUGAUGGCGGCGGGCAGCGUCGACGGGUCCAUCGCGCUCAUCGACACGGCGCACCGCUUCGCCGUGCGCAGGCACAUCCAGCAGGCGCACUUUGACGACGAGACGGAGACGGAGCAGGCCGUCAUCAAGGUCGAGUUCGUCAAGCCGGCGGCGCCGCAGCAGCAGCAGGGGUCCGGGCCGGCGGCCGCGGCGCAAGCGGCGCCGGGGACGUGGUUGCUGACGAGCUGUGGCAACGACGGCGCCGUCAGGCGGUGGGAUGCUCGUGGCGGCACCGCCGCGGCGAACCGGGGCCUGGUCGGCGAGUGGAGGGGUCACAGGGGCGGCGGUGAGGGAGGCGGUGUCAUGGGUUUCGUGCAGGGUGCUGGUGAUCGGGUCGUCACUGCUGGAGAUGACGGUGUUGCGCUGGUGUUCAACACGCCGAUUGCUUGA